AUGAGUCUUAACCUGUAUGAAAAAUCACGUAUUAAAAAUCGUGCAGAUGAACGUGAUCAUAUUCAAAAAUGUUUGUUUACCAACUGGAUUAAUGCUCAAUUAGAUGGAGUUUUUUCAUCGGAAUUUCUUACUUAUUUAUCUUAUCCAAAUAAUUUACAUAAUAGUUGGGCAUAUCAUAAUUCAAUGAAUAGAUUACCACAUUCACCAUCAUGGGAAACAUCACCAUCUACACAUAGAUCAUAUACUACUGGACAUACUUAUUUAGUUAAAGAAUUAUAUAAUGAUUUACGUGAUGGAAGAAUUUUACUUCGUUUAUUAGAAUUACUAUCAGGAAGACAAUUUGCAAGAAUUAAUCAUAGCAGAAUGCGAAUCCAUCAAUUGGAGAACAUCAAUAAGGCACUUGAUUUUCUUUACGAAGAAGGAGCACAUCUUGAAAAUGUCGGUGCACAAGAUAUUGUCGAUGGUAACCCAAGACUUACAUUAGGUUUAAUAUGGACAAUUAUAUUACAUUACCAGGUUCAGGAUAUUGUUUUCAAAGAAUCAGAUGAAACUGGUGAAGUUAGACAUGCAAGAGAUGCUUUACUUCUUUGGUGUCAGCUUAAAACAGCUGGAUAUCCUCAGGUUGAGGUGGUUGAUUUUACAAAAAGUUGGCGAGACAGUUUAGCAUUUGCAGCUUUACUACAUCGACAUUAUCCAGAUUUGAUUGAUUAUGAACGAAUACGUCAUAUUGAUAGUUUACAAGUGCGGUUAGAAAUUAUCUUUCAACGAGCAUAUCUACAUUUAGGCAUACCAAUACUAAUCGAAUCAAAAGAUUUCACGCAAACAUGUUGGCUAGAAGAACGUUGUGUAAUGACUGUUGUUGCGACUUGGUAUCGUUAUUUAACCAGUUCACAUAAUACAAAAUUAUCAUCGGAACGUGUUAGUAAAGUGAUUCAGCACAGUUUAAUUAUAAGUCAGAAAAUAUUUGAUUACACUAAACAAGCAAAACGAUGGCUUAAAUGGUCCAAUGUAAAUAUAAAGCAAAUUAAUCAGUUGCUAAUUAAGCUACAAGAAUCGAAUCAAAUUAGAAAUGAAUUAGAUGUAAAGCAAGAAUUACAGAAUUUAAUGAUUUGGCGCCGAAAGGAAAAAGCGGAAAAAAUGUCUGAACUAGUUCAAUUAGAAACCCUGUUAACUGAAAUUCAUACUAGUCAGUUGGCUGAAUCACAUCGAUUAUUCAAACCGCCAAAUGGUUUCAGUCUCAAUGAUUUAGAAGAAUCUUGGCAAUGUUUAAUCACAGCUGAACAUAAUUGUCAUUUGGCCAUUGUAGAUGAAUUAAUUCGCCGAGAAAAUUUGAAUAUAUUAGGUAUAAAAUAUGAACGUAAAAUUGAAUUAUGCUUGAAUUGGUUACAAGAUAAUAUACAAAUGAUUAAUUUAGCAACACAAAUGGAUAAUUUAAAAUUUUUAGAACAAAUGAAUUCUAUUGAAUCAUAUUUUAAUUAUAUAACUACUAUGGAACAAUCAUUACAAGUAAAUCAAUUAUAUCCAUUAAAUAAUUUAAUGAAUUAUUAUUAUUAUAUUAUAUUAUCACAACAUAAACAUUCAGCAUUUAUAAAUGAUAAAGAAACAUAUAUUCAUUUAAAAUUACAAAAAAUUAAUGAAUUAUUAUAUAUAUUAACAAUAUCUAUGGAUAAAUUACAAUCGAAUCAAUAUCAAAAACAAUUUGAUCAUUUAUUAAUAAUCAAUAAUAAAUUACAUAUAAAAUUAUAUAAACGUUUAAAUAAUUUAAAAUUAUGCCAAAAAUGGUUAGAUUAUUUAUUACAAUUUAAUAAUCAAUUUAUAAUCAUCAAUAAUCAAUUUAAUCAAUUAAAUCAAUUUAUUAAAGAAAAUAAAACAAAUUCUAUUGAUAUUUAUAUUAAUCAAUUACAAUUAGAUAUAAAUCAAUUAAUGAUAUGGAUUAAUUCAGUAAAAAAUUUAUUAAAUAUAAUAAAUAAUUUUGAAAAGAAACAUUCGAAUGAUCAUGAGGAUGAUGAUCUUGAUCAUGAUCAUGUUAAUGAUGUUGAUGAUGAUGAUGAUCCUAAUAAUUUAUCAAGAUCAUAUUUACAAAUAAAUAUUAAACAUAGUUUAGAUUAUAUACAAUUGUAUUAUUCAUCUGUUGAAAAGAUUUUAUUUGAUAUAAAUCAAUGGAAUAUCAUAGUAAAAAAUGUAUAUCAAUUAUCAAAUGAAAUAAAUGAAGAAUUAUUAUGGAUAAAAGAUCAAAAUGAUUCAAUUAAACCUAUUGAAUUUAUUAAAGAAGAACUUGUUGAAAAUUUUAGUUAUAUCAGUAUACAGACUCAUCAUUUACAAAGUAGAUUACGUCUACUUAAUAAUGAACUUCAAUUAAGAUAUGGAAUACAUUAUUAUAAUUAUUAUUUUUCUUCAUUUAAUCAAACAUUCUAUGAAUUAUUACAACAAAUUAUAACAAAAUUAAAUUCUAUCAAUUUUAAUCAAUUCACUAUCAAUGAUAUUUCUCUUAUGAGUAUUCUUAAUAAUCUACAUUUUCUUGAUCAAGAUAAAUUAGAUGGAUCUCAUGAAUAUCAUAAAAAUGAAAUCAUUAAUGAUUUGAAAAAAUGCUCAUUAUUACAAAUAUAUGAAGAGAUUAUAAUAUUAUUAAAAAAUAUAUAUUUAUUUAAUUUACCAUUAAAUAAUAAUUUAACAUUAAUUAAUUAUUGGAAUAUUCAAUAUGAAGAAUAUUAUAUAAAAAUUAUUGAAUUCAUUAAAUUAUUACAAAGACAAUGGAAUAAAUUAUUAAUUGCAAUUGAAGAAAUCAAUAAUAAAUUAAUAAAACAUAAUCACUAUGUCAAUGUAUUGUAUAAUUUAAUUAUAUUGAAUAAUAAAAUUGAUGAAACUAAUAUAAGAAUAUAUGAAACAUAUAAUAGUGUACAAUUAAUAUCAAUAUAUGCUAAUUAUUUUGAACCUGUUCAAAAUGUAUCUAUGCAGAAUGAAAUCAUUCAUACAAAUAAUACUAGAAAACAAUCAAUAAUGAUAAAUAAAAAUAUUAUUAUGAAUAAUACAUUAGAUAAACAAAAAACUUUAACAAUUAAUAAAGAAAUUGUUAUUAAUUCAACAUUAAGGCAAAUGGAUCAUAUAAUUGAACAAUUGAAAUUAUUUACUUCAUAUUUAAAUCGACUACGAAAUGAAGUAUAUACUUUUCUACCAGCCAAAUCUGUCCUUAAUGAAAAUGAUUAUUCAGAAUUUCAUCUUUUAAAAACUAAAUUAAAUAAUCUUUACAGAUCUAGAAAAUCUUAUGUGGAAAUAACAUCUCAGUCUGUUAAACAACAAAAUAUCAAUAAUGAAGAUAAUUAUAGUAGUGAUCAUAGUGAUGAAGUUUCACUAACCGGUCUACAAACAGUUGGAUCAUCAUUUCAAGAGGAUAUAGGUUCUGUUAUUUCUAAAUCCAGUCUUAAAGAUGAUAAAGAAGAGAAGAUAGACAAAAAUCAACUCUCAGAAACAAACACAUUGCAUGAAACAUUGAAUUUACAGCAAACUGACUGUGAAAUGACAUUGGUUGCUACUGAGUCUGAGAAUAGUUUACAGGAAUUAUUGUUUACAUCAAUAAAACCUAUCAUUAGUAGUACUGAAGGCAAUGAGGAUAAUAAAUAUUCUGAACAAAAUUAUAAAACGCCAAUGAAUUCCCCUGAAGCACAUGAAUUACACAUAUUAUUACUUCCACAUAUUUCAAUGAUUGCUUAUCACUUAUUAAACAGGUUAAGUUUUAUUCAUAUGCAUUUUAUAGAUUGUUUAGAAGACAGUUUAAAAAUAAGAGAUAAAUUGGAAAUUCGACGUAACGUUUUGCGUCUAGUUGACAAUAUUGUGUCAAUGGAAAAUUGGAUUGAAGAAAAGGAGAGAAUUUUGUUAACAUUCAAUCCUGUAAUAUAUCCUUCGAUGGAAUUUUUAAAAUCUUUACCAAUACCAUGUCCUAUUACUGUUACGGAAGAAAUUAUUCAUGCUAUGUCACAACUCUCUGUACAAGCUUAUCGUUUUAAAACAUUUGAACAUGAACUAAUAAGUCAUGCGAAUUUAAGAUUAAGUGAAAUCGGAAUGCUUAAUGAAGGAUUAUUGGAAAAUUUAAAAAGGCUUGAUAAAGAAAAGGAUUUCAGUAUUCUUCAAUAUAUUCAGUCUAUUAUAAAACUUAAUUUAUCAGUCCAGGAUUAUGAAGAAGAAGAAGAAGAUGAUGAUGAUAAUGAAGAGGCACAGGAGGAAGAUGAUAGUAGUGAAGCCAGAGAUAAACUAGAUGAAAUCAGUGUAGAUAAAGAAAGUAGUCAAGAAUAUGUUGAAAGUAACCAUGAAAAUAAGAUGUUUUAUCUACGUAGAUCGAAAAACGUUAGUGACGAACAAAAGAAUGUUAACAAUGUUGAUGAAUCAAAAUAUUCAAAAUUAUUAGAUUAUAUUAACAAAAAAUGGCAACGUUUGAAGCUUUUACUUAAUGCACGUCAUGAACGAUUUGAAUUGGCUGCAUAUUUAUCAAAAUAUCAUACUUUAUGUCAAAGUACAAAAGAAUGGAUAAUACGUAAAAGAGAAUUACUUAUCUCAACUGAUGAUUUAGGCACAGAUUUAAAUAGUGUUAUGCAAUUACAAAGAAGAUUAUUAGGUUGGGAAAAAGAUUUUAUUGCAUUACAAAAUGAAAUUCAUAGUCUUAAUAUAGAAAGUGAAAGAUUAUUGAAAACUUUAAUAGAGGAAGCUCCACAAAGAAGAGAUUUAUAUCUUAUCUCUGGUGAAUUAUAUGCUUCAAAAGAAAUUAAUCAAUUAAGAUUAGAAUUGAAUCAAGAAUGGGAAUUUUUACAAGUAGAAUUAAAAAAUCGUCAAGAGAAAUUAUUAGCUUCAGCUGAACUGCAACAAUUUUUUCAGGGUUUAGAUGACAAUCAGUUGUGGUUACGUAAUAUUGAAAUUCGUGUAGCAACACAUCAAUUACCACAGUCUGUAGAAGAAGCUAAAGCUGAAAUUGAUAUGCAUAAAGAAUUAAGUGAACAAAUUUUAGCUCGUAAAGAUGAAUAUAGUGAUUUAAUAAGUUAUGGACGGUGUAUUACAGCUGGUGAAACAGAUAUACAUUACAUACAACUUGAUCAACGUUUAGAUAGAUUAGAAAAUGGUUGGUCAGAAUUAAUGCAAAUGUGGACAUAUCAACAAAAACUUUUACAACAAAAUUUAAACUUCCAGAUGUUUUUACGUGAUGCACAUUUAUUUGAAACUCUGUUAUCAACACAAGAAAGUAAACUAAUGAAUUAUCAAUUAAUAAAACAAAAAAAUACAACCGAUAUUCUUACUUCGUUAAAAUCUCAAAAUGAAAUUGUUCAAUGUUUAAUAAAUGCUGAUGAAUCAUUGAAUAAUUUAUGUAAUGCCGGGAAUCAACUAAUUAUAGAUAAAGUAUAUUCAGUGGAGAAAAUACAAAAUAAAAUUUUUUUUAUAAAAAACAGAUAUAUCACACUACUUGAUGAAGCUCGUACACUAGUGGAUUCAACUAAAGAUUUAAUAGCACUUCGAGAGGAUAUGCAACAAAUUCAAACGCUCCAAGAAUGGCUUAUAGAAAAGAAAGAACUUGCUGAAGAAUACGAUCAGGCAGGUAAACUAUCAAAUAUAGGUUCACUGGUACCAUACAAAGUAUUCGUCAGUAAACAAUAUACACAGCAUCGAGUACUUGAAAGUGAAAUUGAAUCUAAUAAUGAUCGUAUUAAACAGGUUUUUCAAAAUGUAGUCAAUACCAUUGUACAAUAUCCACGUAUUGCGGAUCAAUUGAGUGAAUCACUUGGUGAUUUGAUGAUUCUAUGGGAGAGUCUACGUAAAUUGAUACGGGAAAGAGGUGAUUAUAUGGUUCAGUUACAUAGGGCAAUUAUAUUUGAAGAUGGAUGUAAUGAAUUAAAUCAUUGGUUAGAUAAAUUUUUUAUAGAAUAUUUAUCUUUUAAAUCAUUUAAUCAAUUAAAACAAUUAAAAGAACAUAUUGAACAAGAUUCAUUACAAAUGGUUGAAAAUUUCAUAGAACAAUUAACAUUAGAAUAUAAUCAUAUAAAAUUGAUUGAAGGAAUAGAAUCAUCAAGUGAAAUAUUAGAAUAUCUUGUACAAAAUAAAUUUAUCAAUCAAAUUUGGACAAAUAAAGCUAAUAUACCAGGUUAUAUUAGUAUGAAUGAAGUAUCAUUACAUUUGAAUAAAAUGAUUGAAUAUUUAACUAAUAUUGAUGUAAAGAAAAAACUUUUAGUUGAACUACAUGAUCAUUCCAAGAUUCUAUCAAAUCUUGAUAACCAAAAUCAGAAUUCUGAAGCAGAGUUAAAAAUGAAGAGUUUAAUCAAGAAAUUUUGGAAAAUUCAAAUAUUUGUUUAUGAAGAUGCUGAAGAACUAAAAGCACAAAAACACAUUUAUCAACUUUAUAGAGAUUUAGAAAAUGAAAGGAUUUGGACUCAUGAAAAACUUCUUUUAGCUGAUAACACUUAUAUUGGUCGAUCGUUAUUUGCUGUAAAUCAGUUGAUUAGGCAACAUCGAUUACUCAUAAAAGAAGUAGCCAAUAGAAAAAAUAGAAUGGAAAUCAUGAUACAAGAUGCAGAUAAUAUUAUUACGAAAUUUCAGUCAAUGUUUGAAGUAGUCAUAGAUGAUUAUAAUAAAACAAUUCAACAAUCAAUGAUUAGAUCAUCUGAGAAAAUAAUUACCAGUCCAAUAGAUGAUAAUUCUAUUCAAAUUGAAUUAUCAACUAAUAUAGGUGUAAAAUAUAAAAUUCCUAAAAAAAUUUUAAAUGAUUUAUAUACAUUAGUUAUAGAAUUACGUUAUGAUUUAGAAAAUUUGAUUGAUCGAAUGUCUAAACGUACUGAACGAUUAAAUAUAGGCUUUCAAUGUUUUACACAUCUUGGUGAAUUUGCAGAAUUACGCAGUUGGUUACAAGAAUGUGAAGAUAUGUUACUUUUAGAAUCAAGAGCUAGUCGUGAUAUAAUUACAGCUAAAACUGAACUUAAAAAACAUGCUAAUAUUGAAUUUCGUGUAAAUACAUUAUUAGCAAAUUGUGUUUGUGAUUUCAAUCAAAAAUCAUUAAAAUUAAUAAAUGAAUUUUUGGAACGUAAAGAAAAAUACAAAAAUCAAUUGGAUUUAAUUAAAACAAAUGAAAAUUUAAAAAAAGUUAUUGAACAAUUAUCUGAAAUGAAAGCUGAAAAGUCAACUGUUCAAAGUCAAUCUAUACCGUUUAAUGAAAAUAUAAAUAAAACAAAACAAAAUUCAUUUGAAAAUUUAAUAAAUCGUCGUAAACUUCGUAGUCAAAUUAAACAAAUACGUAAACGUAUACAAGUUAUACAAUCUAUUCAACGAAUUAUGGAUCGUCAAUAUGCAAGUCUAUUAGAUGUUUGUGUACAGAAACGUCAACGUUUAGAAGAAAUUCUAUCUUUGAAUAUUGUUUAUGAAGAAGUUUCAGAAUUGAAAAAUUGGUUAAAUCAACAAAUCAUUAUAGCUUCAUCAACAUACACUGGUCGAAGUUUAAACGAAUGUGUACGUAUUAUCAAUCGAUUUGUACAUUUUGGUGAAAAUCUUUUAGGUGAAUCUUUUACAUCAUUUGUAGAAAUUGAACUACGUUCAUUUGAUCCUAUUUCAACAGUAUAUACUUUGAAUAUAACUGAUCAAUUUGUACACACAUCUGGUUUAGCUUCUGAACGUACUUUAAAAGUUAUAAAUAUGUGUCGUUGUUUAAUACGUACAAAACAUUCAGAUUCUCCACGUAUUGCAUUUUGGCAAGAUAUUAUUUCAGAAACAUUAGCUGAUUUACGUGAAUUAAUUUAUUCAAGAAUUAGAUUAUUAAUAUCAGCUGCUCAUCGAUUUAUUUUUGUAACUCGUUGCUCUGAAACUUUAAAACUUGUUCAAGAGAAAUCUGAUCAACUAUCUCAAUCAAUUGGUAAAGAUGUACAAGCUAUUUGUAAACAACUUUCAUUGUUAUCUGCAUUUGAACAAGAUGUCCAAGCUCUUGAACCACUAAUUAAUUGGGUAGAGAAAGCAGCUGAUUAUCUUCUUCCUCUUUAUUCUGGAAAUUGGAUUAAACGUUUAAAGAAACCACGUGAUAUUCUUCUCACUAUCUGGUAUCAACUAAAAGAGAAAACUUCUCUUCAUCGUAUAAAAUUAAAACGUGCUAUUGCAUUAUAUCGUUGGAUAUCUAAUUUAGAUAUUUUAUUCAAUUGGAUUGAACAAUGUUAUAAAGAAUUAGAACGUAUUGAAAUGGAUAUAUGGAAUAUUAAUCUUCAAUCAACUGUUAUCAAGAAAUUGAAUAACAUUACAACUGAGAAUAUAAAAUUUGCCAUUAGUCAAACACUUCAAUUACGAGCUGAACUAAAUGCUAGAGAUGAAAAAGUUAAAUCAUAUUUAGAAGAAGGUAAAAGACUAAAAGCUUCAUUUAAACAAUAUUUAAUUCAAUAUGAUAAGUCAAAUUAUGAAAAGUCCCAUCAAUCAUAUGAAAUAUCUCAAUUAUAUUUAAAAACAGAAAUGGAACAACAACAUGAAACGAAUAAUCCAACUGAUGAAAUACAAAUUUGUAAAAUCAAUGAACAGCGAAAAAAGUUCCAACAUAAUACAUUGCAAAAUUUGAAUGUUACUGACAAGCAUUUUAUUAUAGAAAAUGCUGAACAACACAGUCGAAUUGAACCAGUUAGAUCAAUUUCCUCUGAUUCUCAUCUUGAAUCUGUAAGGUUAAAUAUAAAUUACAAUCAGAAGUCAGAUUCAUCAUCUUUGGUAUUAAAUCAAUUGAAUUUACAAAAUGAUGGUCAUAUGAGGGAUGAAGAAGAUCAAAUAAUAACAGAUCUUCACUUACGUAUGACACAGUUAGUAACAUCAUGGUAUAAUUUACACAAGAAAUGGCAUCAAAUAUAUGAACGACUAGAAUUACAACUUAGUAUUAAUGAAUUUGCAUGUGUCGCAGAUUCUUUGGAACAUUGGUUGGUACUUCAUUCAGCAGAAGUGGAAUGUUUAGAUAUGGGUGAUUCUAUCAAGGAAACACAAUUAUUAAUUGAUCGACUAAAUAUUCUGGAACGGAAUACUUUACCACAAAUCAGCAGAUAUGAAAAAGUUAAACAACUUACAAAGUUUGAACUUGCUGAGAUCGAAGAAAAUAUGUCUAAUGUGCCAAUAAGCUGUGUGAAUAUUGUUCAUAAUUCGGAUAUAGAAAAUAUACAGACACUUUUAAAAUACUAUGAAUUAAACGAAAAGGAUACAUCAAAUGAUUCUGAUGAUUCUAAACAGAAUGUCAACAUAAUAGAUGAGAAUUUAAAGGAUACUAUUGAUUCACAUGAAAUUAGUUGGGAUACAGCAGAAGGUCAACAUCUUUCAUUCGAUUCUAUAAGUGACUAUUUAAUGAGAAAACACGAGUGGAUUAAUCAUAAUUGUAAAUCUCGUGAUCGUUCCUGGUAUGAACUAUAUAUGGUCUUAAAUACAUCAGUGAAACAGCUGUUAGCCUAUAAAAACAAAUCUGAUUACAAUGAAGAUAAUCCUCAAUUCAAUACAUUUCGUGGUGAGACUGGAUUACUAGUGGGACAGAAUUUAAUAACUGCCUGUGAAACAAAAGAUUAUACGAAACGAUCAAAUACAUUUCGUAUUACAUCAAUUGUUACUGGAGCUCGGUAUCUAUUUCAAGCUCAAACUAGUGAAAUGAUGAGAAAGUGGCUUAAUUUAAUACAAAAUAUCAAUCGGCAAACGAGAUCAACAUCAGGUCCAACCAUUAUCACUUUAUCAAGACCAUCUGAAGAAUUCCAAAAUCCUUUAGUCAUUGUAGAUAUGCAUGAAACAUACAAUACAUCGAAAAAAUUAACUUUAACACAAAUGCUUAGAUCAAAGACAACUAAUCAAAUAUCAUGUAUGCGAAGACAUAGUUCAAUUCAGGAUAAUGAUCUUACAAAUAAUAAUAUGUUAGAGAACACAGAAUCACCACAAAUUCGAAUUAAACGAUUUCCUUCAGUACGUACAAUGAAAGUAUUUUCACCAAGACAGGUGGUGCGUUGGUUAACAUUUAAAUAUUCAUCAUUUUCACCAUCCUCCUCUUCCUCCAGCAUGAGUCAUCAUACGUCUAAGUUGAUUAGAAGUAGUACAUCACAUAAUAUGAAAUCUGAACAGUCUAGUCAUCAACCAACUCCAUUACUACGUAAAAGUUUAACUUAUGGUUCAUUGCAUAAAAUUAGUCGAUUUUCUAUUACACCAAAAAGUCAUAAAGAUACAUGAAAUAAAUAUCUUAUUUGAAUUAGUGUGUAAAAUACAUAUCGACUAUAACAUUCAAUUAUCAAUAAUGUCCCCCCCAAAAAAUGAUCAUUUUUUAAAAUUUAGUUUAUAAGGUAUCAACAAGUAUUCAAUAAAGAGAAUACUUCAUUGAGCCUUUAUGUGUUUAGGUCUAUAUAUUCCAAUUAUAAACAAUAAAUAAAUGAUAAAUGAUAUAUUUAUAUUUUCCCCUAAAUGCACUGGUAUGGUCGAGAACGGGGAGAAUCCGUUCACCCUCUCCAAAUUCUCUCACAUGAUCACGUCAAUACAACCACUGGCGGAGGUGUUGUUCACGAAAUUGAGAGCACGAAAAGC